AUGGCCGCAGUCCUGUACUUCGAGCUCAAGCGUGGCAGGAUGCGUGCCGACAAAUUGCCCGUUAUGUCUCAAUAUCUUUGUGCUUGGGUGCACUCGUACGAACAUGCUGGGUAUGAUAUAAAUGACGUCUUCGUGCCACACCUUACAAAGCCUGGCUUCUACAAGAUUUUUGGUCGUACAGACAACCAGAUUACGCGCAGUACUGGCGAGAAGACGGAUCCCGAUCUGCUUAAGGCAGUCCUCAACCAAGGCUCGCACAUCAAAUGCGCUGUUGUGUUUGGCAGGGGAAAGUUCAACAUGGGUGUCGUCAUCAACCCAGCACCCGAGUUCGUCUUCAACCCUGCAGACAAAGAGAAGCUCAAUGAGUUCUAG